UUCACUGUAUUCUCUCAAUUCAAGAGCCUCGGUGCCCCCGGAUAUGGUUCUUGAAUUGAGAGAUUACUGUAAUAGGAAUUUUGCUGCAUUUUAAAAAUAAGUGUCAAUAAAACCGAUUACAAGCAAUGUUUGUUGCUACAUGUAAUCUGCGUACAUAUUCAAGAAAAUUUAAUACAUGAUGCGUUUGGGCUUCGUGUAUUUACCGUUGUGCAUUCAUUAAGUUUAAAAAGGAAUAAGUUAUCAAUGAACGACAGGACCUGAAAGUGGAUUAUUGUAUUUGGUGGUUUUGGACUUUAGUGAAGUAUAUAAUUAUUAAAAUUAAUUAGGUUCGAAAAUUAAACACACUGAGAACAUGACUGAAAAAUUACGAAGAUACGAGAAAAUUGAUUUUUUGGGAGAAGGACAGUUCGCUACUGUUUACAAAGCCAAAGAUGUCGAAACAUCAAAAAUUGUUGCUGUGAAAAAGAUUAAAGUUGGAAGCCGCGCAGAAGCUAGAGAUGGAAUAAACAGAACAGCUCUGAGAGAAAUUAAAUUGUUACAAGAACUAAACCACGAUAAUGUGAUUGGACUGCUAGAUGUUUUUGGCCAUAAGUCAAAUGUGUCCCUAGUAUUUGAUUUUAUGGACACAGAUUUGGAAAUAAUAAUAAAGGAUAAUAACAUUGUGUUAUCUUCUGCGAAUAUUAAAGCAUAUAUGAUUCAGACUUUGCAAGGUCUGGACUACCUGCAUUAUAACUGGAUUCUUCAUAGAGAUUUAAAGCCAAAUAAUUUACUUGUCAAUGGAGAAGGUGUAUUAAAGAUUGGUGACUUUGGGCUUGCUAAAUUUUUUGGUUCACCAAAUAGAAUAAACACCCAUCAGGUGGUGACCAGAUGGUAUAGAUCACCUGAGUUAUUGUAUGGAGCAAGGCUUUACGGAACUGGAAUAGAUAUGUGGGCCGUUGGAUGUAUAUUAGCAGAACUUUUGUUAAGAGUACCAUUUUUACCUGGAGAAUCUGAUUUGGAUCAACUCACUAGGAUAUUUCAGACAUUAGGUACGCCCACUGAAGAAACAUGGCCAGGAAUGACAGAAUUACCAGAUUUCAUUCAAUUUAAACCAUUUCCUGGAACGCCAUUGAAACACAUAUUCACUGCAGCUGGCGAUGAUCUCUUAGAUUUAAUUGCUAGUCUUUUAAACGUAAAUCCAUUAGAAAGAUGUACAUGCGACCAAGCUCUCCAGAUGCCAUACUUUAGCAACAAACCAGCACCAACUCCUGGACCUAGAUUGCCUCUUCCUACAUCUGUGAAACGGCAACCAGAAGAAAAGCCUAAUUUAAAAAGAAAAUUACUUGAAUCAAUGGAUGGCGCAUCGCUUGCGAAAAGAUUACAGUUUUAACUAAAAUUUUAACUAGAAUCAAUUAUAAAUUGUCAUUAUUACUGUUUUUGUUAUGAAUUUAGCAGUGAAUUAUAAAUAUAAUAUACAAUUGAAAAAAAGACGAGAAGGAGAGAAUAGCAUAAUUUCUAUUGAUAUAAGCUAAUCGCGCUCAAAUGAUCGAAUAAUGUUUGAAGUGCGAUCACAAAAUAAUAUUAGUAAA